UAGGGGGCGGCGGCGGCCAUUUUGGUUACAGAGUGAAAGUGACAGGAGCCGGGGAGCGGGUGGGAAGCAGAACACCGGCCCUUCUCUCAGCCACGUCCCUCUUCCCUUCCCUGUCCCACCAUGUCGGAGAAGCUCAGCGCUGACAGCCAGUGCGAACAGACGGGCGACGAGAAACAGGAUACGCAGGAGAAGGAAGCAGUUGUCCCUGAGAGAGCAGAAGAAGCAAAACUAAAGGCCAAAUAUCCUAAUUUAGGACAGAAACCAGGAGGGUCAGACUUCCUAAUGAAAAGACUGCAGAAAGGGCAAAAGUAUUUUGACUCGGGUGACUACAAUAUGGCCAAGGCAAAGAUGAAGAACAAGCAGUUGCCAACAACCGGGCCUGACAAUAACUUGGUGACAGGAGACCAUAUCCCGACACCACAAGAUCUUCCACCGAGAAAGUCAUCACUUGUAACCAGCAAGCUGGCAGGGUCUGAAAACCAUGUUGAUUCAGUGAAUGCAGCCUGUGGAAUGCAAGAUCACAACUGAUAAUGCAUGUCAAAUAUGGUCUUUGUGUGGCAUAGAAAAUACAGCAUUUCACCUGGAACACAGGAUCGAACUGCGUUUAUAAUCUUGAGGAAUAUUUUAGCAGCGAUGCAUCAGUGUGUUGGGUUAAAAGGUGUUUCACUGGAAUGAUAAUUUUAAGAUUUCAGCAUGCAGCUUGCUGUGCUGAAAGUAAACAUGAAUCUCUGUUUUAAGUCCAGAAUUUAAACAGAUUCCCUCCCCUGUCCCCAAAAAACAAACAAACCCCCAAAUCUUUAAUCAGUUCAUUCUGUAGGAUACCAUAUCAAGGUCAAGAAGACCCAAUGAAAGGUAACACUUGAAACUCCACAACUGAUGUAGCUUUGUCUACAUACAUUCUCUGCUAUGCCUUACUUGGUCAUUUUUAGUCCCUAAAGUAAUUCGUACAAAAGUCUGUUUCAGUUGACUGUGUUUUGCUGCUGCUGAUUCUAAAUGGAAAACAUGAUAUUGCAUCUAGCUAAUCAGGGUAUUUCUAAGAGUCAUGCUUCAAAAAAGAAGUAAAAAGCCAAGCCUGACGUAUCGUACAAAUCACCAUCCACGUUUCUGAGAUUGUAAGGAACCAUUUUUUUUGUCUUUUCAUAGAGACUGGUCAAUAAAAAAUCAAUUUCAGCAGAGUGAAAAGGAGACAAGGUUUGGCAGGGAGUAGGGAAUUCCUUCUUUGUAAAUGUGUAAUUUCAUUCUUUAGUCUCCGUCUCCUCAUGCCUUAUCGCCAGGUUCCAGUCUGAGAAGGUUGGGGGAAAAGCUACUGGUGUCUUGUAUAAUCGCCUCAAAUGUCUUGCUGUUUGUCCCAGCCACAUUGUAAAUAGAUGUGAAUCAUAUAUAUAAAAAUAUAUAUAAUUUUUUACAUCUUCAUCUCUAUCUUCUAUUGUUCUAUGCUUUUUUCUUAAAACAAAACAAAAAAAACCCUGCUCUUGCACUACUGAGUACCUGUCAGCUGUUGGCUACACCUUCAUGGUGUUGAUGUCAGUGACAUCUGAUUCACAGGGAGAACAGAGAGGAAUUAACAUGUCGAACCAUUCCCCCCACUCCCUCCAGGAUUCAGGAACUACCAAGUCUAUUUAUAUAGAAAGGAGGAAGAAAUUACCUUCAAAAUACUGAGUGAGAAAUAUCAGGAGAGAUGAUUAUUUUAAAAAAUAAACUUGUCUCAAACAC